GUUUCAUUGCUACAGCACAGUAUAGCUUGAGAUCAACAAUCAACAUGAUCAAAAGUGUCAAUUGCUUUGUGCUAUUGUUAGUCUUAAUUACACAGAUAUUGGAUGUAAAUGCUGCAAAUGCUAGCUGCCUAGAUCCAGGUACAGAUUGGAAAUGCAACCCAAGAGCUUAUCGACCAUGCCCAAAUACGUACAAGUGCUUAAAAAGUGAAGGAUUCAAAUGCUGCCAGUACAAAAUCGAAAAGGACAUGCCUAAUUGUAAGAAUAUGUGGAUGCAGUACGAGGUGAUACCAUGGGGGUGCCGAGGCGGGGGCAGUAGGCCGUGUCCAAGCUCAUAUAAAUGUAGAGCAGGACCUGGGAAUACAUACUCGGUAUGUUGUGAGUACAUAACAUGUGAGCAUCCACCUGGGUACAUCCACCCUAAGGACGAUGGGGAGUGGUAUGACGUCGAUGGCUGCACAAAAUGUGAAUGUAUAAGUCAAGAUAACCAUCAAUGCAAAUUAACGACAAAAUGCAUGAAAAAACGAACAUGUGAUGGUCAAACAAACCAAACCAGAUUUGCAGAGGGAGACAAGUGUGUACAAUGUACUUGUGACACUAAACUUGGAAAAAUGACAUGUGAAAACAUGUGUUGUAAAAACUAUGGUCCUACUAAAAAGUUGACAAAUGAAGAUUGUAAAGAGUGUACAUCAUGCUCUCGAUAUUCUGAAGAUCCUCAAACUGAAACUGUAAGUAAUAGAAGAAUUAAUGACAAGACUGGUGACUGUAUAUAUUCUCAUGGAAUAAUAAUACAGAGACCAUGUCCUUGUGAACAUGAAAAUGAGAAGACAAAAAUAGAAAUAAAUGAAAAUUGUUACAAAUGCCAAUGUACUGAUGGAGUUCUGAAAAACUGUACUAAAUGUGUUUGUGGAAAGAACCAGAAAAGUAUGGACUUCAUGGAUAAUGGAAAAUGUGUAGCAUGUAGAUGUAACAAAAGAAACGCGGCAGUGUGUGUGCAAUGUCCAAAUAAGGAUUCAUCAAAGCUGUGUAAACGCUGCAAAGAAGGAGAAACAGAAGGUAGGAAUCAGCAUCUAACUCUCAAAAAGGCUUCAUUUUUAAUUUCUAUAAUUUUUACAAAUUGUAUUAGAGUAUCUUCCAGAGAGUAAGUCAAAAUAUGAAAUCUAAAAAUAAGGAAGUCAUAUUCUAAAGAGGACACCAUUUGCUUUGAAAUCACAUCGAAGUCUCAUUUUAAUGAGAUUUUAAGAGAUUUGCAUUUUUAACCAUUUAAGACAGACAUUUUCUUCUAUUUGAU